CACUUAUUUUAAAACAUGAGCGAUUGGUUAUCAAAAGUCUUCUCUAAUUUCUCUUCUAUUUACUUUGAAAAAUCUACUUCUUUCUCUUUUCUAGUUUUCUUUAUCUCUCUUGUACUAACAGAAGAGCAAGUGAAAACCUCAGUGCAAAAAAAUAACAGAUAAUAAGAAGAAAAACAUGAAUGUUGCUGCAAGUGUUGAGGCAGAGGACUCUGAGUUUAUAGAAGUUGAUCCUACUGGAAGAUAUGGAAGAUACAAUGAAAUUCUUGGCAAAGGAGCUUGCAAGACAGUAUUUAGAGCAUUUGAUGAGUAUGAAGGAAUAGAAGUAGCAUGGAAUCAAGUAAAGCUUUAUGAUUUUUUGCAAAAUUCUGAAGACCUUGAGAGGUUAUACUGUGAAAUUCAUCUUCUUGAGACAUUGAAGCACAAGAAUAUCAUGAAGUUCUACACUUCAUGGGUUGAUAGUACCAACAGAAACAUUAACUUUGUCACUGAGAUGUUCACAUCUGGGACUCUUAGACAGUAUAGACUUAAACAUAAAAGAGUUAACAUCAGAGCAGUUAAGCAUUGGUGCAGGCAGAUUUUGGAAGGUCUUGUCUAUCUCCACAGCCAUGACCCUCCUGUGAUCCAUAGAGAUCUCAAGUGUGAUAAUAUUUUCGUCAAUGGUAACCAAGGAGAAGUCAAAAUUGGCGAUCUCGGCCUUGCUGCAAUUCUCCGCAAAUCGACUGUUCACUGUGUUGGAACACCUGAGUUUAUGGCACCAGAAGUGUAUGAAGAGGAUUACAAUGAAUUGGUUGACAUAUACUCUUUUGGAAUGUGCAUUUUGGAGAUGGUCACCUUUGAAUAUCCUUAUAGUGAAUGCAACCAUCCUGCUCAAAUUUACAAAAAAGUUGUCUCUGGAAAGAUGCCAGAAUCUCUUUACAAAGUCAAUGAUCCAGAGGUCAAGCAGUUUGUAGAGAAAUGCUUAGCAACUGUAUCCCUUAGACUUUCAGCUAAGGAACUCUUAAAGGACCCUUUUCUCCAAAUUGAUGAUUAUGAAUAUAACUUCAAAGAAUUGCAGUAUCAAAGAGAUUGCUAUGAAGUAACACCAACAAUUAGACAGCAACCUAUGAAUGGAAAUUAUAGCAUUAGAAAUGCUUUAAUGAAUGUGUACACUGAUAAUCUUGGUGGUUACGAAGAUGAUUUUGAAACAAGUGAAAUUGAUCUCUUUGAUUGUGAAGAGGAUGAUAAUUUGGAUGAAGUUGACACGUCAAUCAAAGGUAGGAGAAGAGAUGAUGGCAUCUUUCUGAGAAUCAGAAUACCAGAUAAGGAAGGCCGAGUUCGAAACAUCUACUUCCCGUUCGACACAGAGACUGAUACCGCAUUGAGUGUUGCAUCUGAAAUGGUAGCUGAGCUUGACAUAACUGACCAAGAUGUAACAAAAUUAGCAAAUAUGAUAGAUAAUGAAAUUGCAACUUUGGUACCAGGAUGGAAAAGGGGACCAAUAAUAGACGAAAUUCCGGAAGAUUCAAGUGCAAGUUUCUGCCUUAAUUGUGCUGCAAAUAAUACCUUGGUUGAUUAUGUAUCGUCAAAUAAUCCAUGUGCCAAGAAUCUUCAAUUCUUUCAUUGUUCUAAAAAUGGAUGUGCCGCGAUUCACGGCCGAUUCGAGGAGAUCACAUACCAAUAUGAAGGGUCUGCCAACACUGCUACAGAAGGUGCACCACCAAGUCAAUCCAAUGGCAUUCAUUAUGCAGAUAUUUGUGCUCAGCGAGACGAACAUGAAUCACGUCAUGAAGGAUUGAAAGAUAUACACUGCGAUGAAUCUCAUGACAUAUCAAAAAUAUCAACCAUAAAGGAGGAGGAAGAGGAGAGAAGUGUUAAUGUGGAUGACCAAAUUGAUGUUAAUACCAAAAAGCCUCCUUCUAGCCCUGCAGCAUCAGAAAAUUUAUUACUCUUGGGCUAUGAAAAUGAUAUAAGGCAAGAAUUGAGAUGGCUCAAAGUAAGGUACCAAAUGCAGUUAAGAGAGCUUAGAGACCAUCAAUUAGAGCAUGGAAAAGAUGGAUUUAUGAGGCCACCAGCUAAGGUAUCACACAUGAAGAUACAACACAAUAACACAUUAUUAAGGUCUAUGGCUUAUAAGAAGCAUUAUUCAGUUGAUGCUGAGAAAUGCAACACUUUGGCUGACCAAAUGAUUCCGAAUUAUGUUUAUGAAAUGAGUCAGCCUAACAAUUCUGAGCAAAUGGUCACAGCCAAGGAUUUCUUUGCAAGAGCUUUGCUUCCAAACUCGCUUCAAAGGGCGACCUCGCUUCCGGUUGAUGCAAUUGAUCUCUAGACAGAAUCUGGAAAUACAUUUUCUCAUUACAAGAGAGUGCCAAUGUAACUGUACUUGAAAGGGUCUCUUUGUUUAUAGCUUGAGUUUACAAUAAAGAAAUAUGUUCCAGAUGCGAUGGAAGUUUUUGGAACUACCAUAGAUGUAAUUUAGUUUAUUGGCACCCUUUUUCUCAUACCAUGUCCCAUGGUAUGAGAAAAUGUCAGAUGUGUAAAUCAUAGUAGACUAACACUAUAACAUAAAUUUAACCAAAGUUUUCCCUUGAAUUUCUGAA